CCCGCCGCCGCCUGCGCGCCCUGCCGCUCCGGGAGCGCGGGUUGCGGGGUGCGGAGAGCCCUCAUGGAGCCCCCGCAGCGCCAGGAGCAAUCUGGUGCUCUGAAAAGGAAGCUCCAGACACCACAUGGAAACCCACCCGUGAAACGAAAAUGUAAAUUAUCCACAAACACCUUCAGGAAGGGUGCCACGGAGGCUGGCAGGAGGGAGGAGGGAAGCUCAUCACAAAAACCUGUUCCUAAGAAGCAGCUGAGCAGCAAACAGAAUGAAAGCCAGAAAAACAAACCUUUCAUCAAGACAUCCAGCCUGUUUAAAAACAACCCAGACAUCCCAGAAAUUCACAGAAAAGAAGUGCAGCAGCUGCAAGAAAAUGUUUUCACUACAGAUUCCUUCAGCCAGCUGGACCUCCACCCACACCUGAUCUCCACAAUAAACACUGUCCUAAACAUAUGCAGCAUGACCAGUGUUCAGAAGCAAACGAUUCCUGUGCUCCUGCAAGGCAGAGAUGCCCUGGUGAGAUCUCAGACUGGUUCAGGUAAAACUCUUGCCUAUGGAAUUCCACUUGUGCAGUCUUUGCAAGGAAUGGAAUCCAAAAUACAGCGCAGUGAUGGCCCCUACGCGCUCGUGCUCGUCCCAACCAGGGAGCUUGCACUCCAAAGUUUUGAUACAAUCCAGAAACUACUUAAGCCAUUUACCUGGAUUGUGCCUGGAGUGCUAAUGGGGGGAGAAAAGAGAAAAUCAGAAAAAGCCAGGUUAAGGAAAGGGAUCAAUAUCCUCAUCUCCACCCCUGGCCGCCUGGUUGAUCACAUCAGGUCCACACAGUGCAUUCAUUUCCGUCGCACUCAGUGGCUGAUCAUCGAUGAGGCAGACAGGAUCCUGGACCUGGGCUUUGAGAAGGAUGUGGCUGUGAUACUGAAUGCUUUAAAUGCUGAGAGAGAGACACGUCAGAAUGUGCUGCUCUCAGCCACCCUCACUGAAGGAGUGACACGCCUGGCUGAUAUCAGCUUGAAUGACCCUGUCAGCAUUUCCAUAGCAGAUGAAAUCCAGAAGGUGCCUGAACCAGCAUCACAAACAGACAGGAAAGCCAGCAGUUCAUCAAACUGCAUGGAGCAGGAAAACUUUGCUGUUCCAGAGACACUCCAGCAGUAUGUCAUGGUGGUCCCCAGCAAACUGAGGCUUGUCACGUUAGCAGCUUUUAUCCUGCAGAAAUGCAAGUUUGAAAAGCGCCACAAGAUGAUCAUCUUUUUCUCCAGCUGUGAACAAGUGGAAUUCUACCAUGAGCUCCUUGCAAAGGUCCUUUCAGGAGGGCCAGAGUCAGAACAACCUGGACAUUCACCCCUCUCCUCUGUGAGCUUGCAUUUUCUACGUCUGCACGGUGACAUGGAACAGGAAGAAAGGACAGAGGUCUUCCAGGAAUUCCUAAAAUCCAAGACUGGCAUCUUGCUUUGCACUGAUGUAGCAGCACGGGGGCUGGACCUGCCUCAAGUGACCUGGAUUGUACAGUACAACGCUCCGGCUUCACCUGCGGAAUACAUCCACCGGAUCGGGAGGACGGCGCGCAUCGGCUGCCGCGGGAGCAGCCUGCUCGUGCUGGCUCCUUCAGAGGCAGGAUAUGUCAGCUUGCUGGCUUCUCACAAGAUUAAUGUUUCAGAGCUGAAGAUGGAGAAGGUGUUGGCCACCCUGAUGAAGGAUGAUCGCUUCAGGGUGCACAGACCAGGGAGCAGGAAAUCCUGUGGCAAGAACCCUCAGGAAGUCCGGGAGAGAGCCACGGUCCUGCAGACAAAAUUUGAAAAUCUCGUCCACUCCAGCGAGGGGACUGUCCGGUGGGCCAAGAAAGCACUGCAGUCUUUCCUUUGUGCCUAUACCACCUAUCCCAAGGAGCUCAAGCACAUCUUCCACAUCAAAUCUCUCCACCUGGGUCAUGUGGCCAAGAGCUUUGGGCUGAGAGAUGCCCCCCAGAACCUGACUGCUCUUCCAACUGCAGCCUCAAAGAGGAAAACCAAAGCAAAGCCAAAAAGGUCUGAGCUGCUCAAGAAGACCCACAGCAAACGUCGCCUUGCUGAGCUCCUGUGCUCUGAAUAUUCCAGUGGGAUGGACACUGCUGGGGCCAAGGUCAAGAAGAAGAAGAAAAAGCAGAGGAAAGCUGGCAACCAGCAGAUUCCAACAUAAGCCAGGCCCUUCCAGUCUCCGUGGCUGUAAAAGCUGCUGGAGUGCCUCAGCCGGGGGUCAGGGUGACCUGCCAAAGCAGCUGAGGAGUGUUUCCAUUUAUCAGGCAAGUGUGGGAGGGAUCCUGGGGAUCUUGGCCUCCUCCCCUUCAUUCCAUAGGUCCAAGUGGGAUGGAAUCUGGGCGUGUCCUGGUGUACUGCUGCAGUUCAAUGUGGCCUCCUGAAGAUGCACCGUGUUCCUGGGAUGGUUUUUUAGCAAGGAAAAUAAAAAAAGGUUAAAUGUGAUUUUCAGAGAAAUGUGAUGUGUGUGCAACAUAAAAGUGAGACAAGUUUGGGCAGGCAGGAGAUGCUUUUGUGUUUUAGGAGCACUCCCCAAUCCCUUCACUUGCUGUUUCCAGCCAGGUAAACGUGGCAGGGAGGAGCACCAUGGAGAGGGGAAUGUGCCCUGUGCCCUGUCACUGCACAGGGAGCACUCCUGCUCCUGUCUCAGGUAAUGAAUCCACACUGCUGCCCCCUCCUCUCGUGUCCCUGUGCACUGAGCAGGGUCUGUCCCUGGUCACUGUUAGGCACAAUUGGCACCUGCAGGGAUGCCAGUGGCAGGACUGUGGAGAACUCCUCAGUGCAGUGACACAGAGUCCCUUUGGGCAGAGCUCAUGGGCACAGAGCUCCUGGGGACAAACUUUGUCACUGUGGGAAGGAGCCAGAGUGGAACCCAGCAGUCUCCAAACUUCUCCUUGCCUGCAGCACGUUGUCAUUCCUGAUUAUGUAACACACAGGGAGUCUGAGAUGUCUCACCUCUCUGAACAUUAAAGCCUUUGCAGGUUCUUGCAAACCCUUGCCAGUCAUGACCCAGCCUUUUGGGGUUCUCUGCCUUGUCUGGGCCUGUUUGGGCUAAUGGAUUCCACUUCUUGUUUUUCCCAUUUGCCAUCCUUCUUGUUCCCAUCAGAGAACUGGGACUCUGGGAAAAGGGAUGGCCCCAGUGUGCUGAGCCUGGCACUUGUUCACCACAGUCUGUGAAAUUAAACCUAAACUUUCCCAUUCUGAGUGGGAAAGUGCCCCAAAACCUGCAGGAGAUUUCAGGUGAGCACCCACCUGUCCCUCCCUCUGCUCCUUGAGCACAAGCACCAAGCAGGGCAGGGGUGAGAACAGCACAAACCCAGCCAAAACACAACUUUGUGCUCCCUGCAUGUGUCUUCCUCGAGGAAAGGGAGGAGGAAGAGCAGCCCACCAUGACCUGAGCCAGGCAUGUUUUAUGCAGGAGCAGAAAGUGCUCUAAGAGUGGCAAUUUCAGACGUCAGAAGGAAGAAAAGUACUGAAAAGGGACUAUAAACAGAUGAAAAUGAUGCCUUGUAAAUGCAGAAUUGAGGGCACCUACUUUGGGCUCUAGUGAGUCAUACAAAGGAUUGUAGGAGAGCAGCAAUCAGCCCCAAAGUAUUUAAUUUCUGAAGUGAAGGUAACUUUUGAAACCAGAAUUUUUCUUUCCUCCCAGGCAAUUAUUAAACACUUCCAUUUCACUGCAAUACUUUUUUCAACACUUCUGAAAGAUGACAGAAAGGCUCCAGUAUCAAAUCAACCAUGAUUUUUCAGAGAGAAUGAAGUUACAAACAUUUACUAGAUUAAAAUAAAAUAACAAAGCCCACCUGAUUUAGUUAUGAGAACUAUUUGGAAGAGCAAUCAGGUUUAAGGCAAAUGUCAACUUCAACAGAAAAGAAACCCCUGAGGAUGAAAAUGACUCAGAAUGAUGCAGAGAGUGCAAGUUUGGGAAUGAUCUUGUGCAUGAAGGGAAAGUACAUGACCUUCUCCUGGCUGACUGUCACGCAGGAAUUAAUAGGGACUAUUGGCAAAUUCAUAAGAGUAGGAAAAAGCCAACAGCACAUGGGUGAGAGACAUCAGGAGAUCUCAUUGCUGCCUGGAUUAACUGGGCAUGAAACAGUACAAAUGGUUAUGAUGAAUAAAGUGAUUUUUAAAAAAUAUCAGAGUGCCUU